AUGCGCCUUUUAGUUUAUUCUGUCUUGGCUAUCAGCAUACUCCAUGUGUGCAUCUCUCAAACAGAGAUUCGAAGGAGCAGAUGGACAGUAAGUGGAUCCUCUUCUGGUCAGAGAUCAGGGUUAGUCUCGAACUCCAUCAUACCUUAUAGAAUUUUAAACAGUGAAGUUAUAGAGACUCCAAUCCAAAUUGAGUCACUACCGGAAGUGCUAGGAGAGGAAGCACGUGGUACAAACAGAAUCCAAAACGAGGCACUUUCAUCUUUAUUAAACGCAAGACAAACAAACGGGGAUCGGAAAUCAGUGUUUUAUUCUCAGUAUCAGGGAUUUCAGCCCGUUAGUUUGUCGUUGACGGAUGAAGACUCUUGCUAUACAAGGAUAAAGGCAGAAUUUGAUCGAGCAUAUCCAAGACUUCCAUCUCUUGUUUCGGAUGUGACUUCAAUAAAUACCAUGCUUGACCCAGUGCCGCAACGUGUAUCCGAGCUUCCUUUAGGGAUUUCUCCAAUAUAUGUAUUAUCAAAAAGAACAGACCCUAUUGCUUAUGUUCCUUAUAGACUCGAUAGUACAGGGGCUCCAUUAAGGGUUCCGUUCCACAGGGAGACAAGGAGAUUAGCCUAUCCCGAUUUCCCCCUCCUGAUACCCUACACGCAACUUUCAAUCAAUAACCGGUCUGGAAACAGAAAUUACGUAAUUUUUAUUCCAUUUCAGCCAAAUGUAAAUAGAAUUCAGAGCAACUGUCUACCUGUUUCAGUUCCUGUCACCUCCCGUAGGGAAGAUUUUCCAAAAUAUGUACCAUACAGAGUCAGAUUCAGCAGAAUGCAACCAAAUGGUCUGACAAUUCAAUUUUAA